AUGGGAAAAAUUAGCGGAUCAGGUGCAAACUCUGUCGAUCAGAGGGUCGCUUCUCUUUUGCAGGAUCUAUUGAAUGAAAAAAGCAGUAGAUCACAGCUGGAAGAACCCGAAGAUGACUCAAACUCCGUUCCAACUGUAGCUUUGGCUAGAGACCUACGAUUCCAGGAAGUAAUGGCAUACGUACAAGCCAAGGCUCCUCUUCUUAGGCGUCAAAAACGUGCUAUUCUAGAGAAGUCCGUGGAUGUUGUUUUGACUAGUUUUCGUGAGAAGGAAAGACAAGAAUUGGGCGACGAAUUACUCGACCAACAAUCAGAAAGUGAGUACGAAGAGACCGACCCAAACAAUCUCAUGGAGUCAAAAGACACCAAUUCUCUCAAUAAAUCCUUGGUUUCUUUGUGGAACAUGAAGAACUCGGUUGAGCCAGAGGAUGAAAAGGUUUCGGCUAAGAAGCGUGCUAAGGAUUCUAAGAACGGUGUGAAAAACAAGAAGGCCAAGAAAGAUAGAACUCCGCCCGAUAUUAAGCUAUCUUCUUUGGGCGGACUUCUGGCCAUCACCACACAGCUUAUGGAGUUGGUUGGUUUGCCAAUACUUCAUCCUGAAGUUUAUCUCUCCACCGGUGUGGAACCACCAAGAGGUGUAUUAUUAUAUGGCCCACCCGGUUGUGGUAAGACUACUAUUGCCAAUGCUCUUGCGGGUGAGCUCCAAGUCUCAUUUAUCAGCAUUUCCGCGCCCUCCAUUGUUUCCGGUAUGUCUGGAGAAUCCGAAAAGAAAUUACGAGAAGUGUUUGAGGAAGCAAAAUCAUUGGCACCAUGUAUUGUUUUCAUUGACGAAAUUGAUGCAAUCACUCCAAAGAGAGAUGGGGGUGCGCAAAGGGAAAUGGAGCGUCGUAUUGUUGCUCAACUACUCACCUCCAUGGAUGAAUUGACACUCAGUAAUACCGAUGGCAAGGCGGUCAUUGUUCUUGGAGCAACAAAUAGACCUGAUUCACUCGACUCUGCUUUGCGUCGUGCGGGCCGUUUUGAUAGGGAAAUACUCCUUAGCGUGCCGAAUGAAGAACAGCGUUGCUCUAUCCUAAAAACCAUGACGACCUCUCUUAAAUUGCAAGAUUCCGAGAACUUCAAUUAUUGGGAAUUGGCCAAAUUGACCCCUGGUUUUGUUGGUGCUGAUUUGAAAAGUUUGGUGACUGCUGCUGGAAUUGCUGCUAUCAAACGUAUUUUCGAAAGCAUGAGCGAGAUCGAAGAAGAAAAGCUCCUCAAAAGUGACAGCAUGGAUGUUGAUGGCGAGCUCGCAAAUCUUAAAUUUGAGAACAAGUCUGAAGCUGAGAAGCUAUCUACAAUUCAAAGGUUUUUACAUAUGCAUCCUUCCCCUUUGACCGAGGAACAGCUUGCUCCUCUCAGUAUCACAUACGACGAUUUCAAGACAGCUCUCCCGACUAUUCAACCCACCGCCAAGCGUGAAGGAUUUGCAACAGUUCCAGACGUUACAUGGAAGAACGUAGGUGCCUUAACGAAAGUUAGAAUGGAGCUUCAUAUGUGUGUUGUGCAACCGAUCAAAAAACCAGAGCUCUAUCAGAAAGUUGGUAUCAGCGCACCUGCUGGUGUUUUGAUGUGGGGUCCUCCAGGAUGUGGUAAGACCCUUCUUGCGAAAGCAGUUGCCAAUGAGUCAAGAGCUAACUUCAUUUCCGUGAAGGGCCCUGAAUUGCUCAACAAGUACGUCGGUGAAUCUGAGCGGGCCGUUAGACAGGUCUUUCAACGUGCUCGUGCCUCUGCACCUUGCAUUAUCUUUUUCGAUGAGCUAGAUGCUUUAGUUCCUCGUAGAACCUCAUCGUUGUCUGAAUCCAGUGCGCGAGUGGUGAACACUCUUUUGACUGAACUAGACGGACUCAAUGACAGACAGGGAAUUUUUGUCAUUGGUGCCACAAAUAGGCCAGACAUGAUUGAUUCGGCAAUGCUUCGGCCUGGUAGAUUGGAUAAAACUCUUUACAUUGAGUUACCAUCUGCUGAAGAACGUUUUGAUAUUUUGAAAACUCUUACACAGAUCAACAACACUCCAUUGAGCUCGGAUGUUAAUUUGCAAGAAAUCGCUCAGAAUGAAAGGUGCAGAAAUUUCUCUGGUGCGGACUUGUCUCUGUUGGUGAGAGAGGCGGGCGUUUUCGCCUUGAAGAAGAAAUUUUUCUUUGGUCAGAAGGUUCAAGAACUAGACGAAUCCGGGUUUUACGUCGACAGUCAAAUUGACAAUAGUAUUCUUGUUACAAGAGAAGACUUCAUGGGGGCUUUGAGCGCAAUCGUGCCAAGUGUGAGCGACAAGGACCGUGCAAAAUACGAAAGGUUGAAUCUGAAGAUGGGCUGGGGCGUCAUUCAAGAUGAAAAGCAGGAAAGUAAUACUCAAGAGGCUCUGUAA